UCGCGUUAUCGAUGUGUGGCGUUUAUCGAUGCAGUUUUAUAAACAGAAUUCUAAAUUACAACAAAAGCGCACCCUGAGCAGCUGUCCCGUGGAAAAGCACACAUCUCGGCCAGCCCGCAUCUCGUCAUGUCCAGCGGCGGGAGGCGCAGCGCCUAAUCCCGCGCCGCCGCCCCUGGAGGCGCUUUGCCCGCCACGCAAUUAUGCAAGUUGCAGCGGAUCCAACUGUACCGCUGCCUGUGGAAGAGCAAAAGGAGAAGGAGGAGGAGCCCCAGUGCCCGGUGCCCAUGACCUGACCCCGACCCGGAGGCACCACCACCGCCGGCAGAUCAGUCUACUCAAUCGACCAUGAACCAGAGACAUUCCGAACCAUUCUACAUAUCGCCGCGGUUGUUCGACAACAGGCGGCUCAAGCGGCGCCGCUGCCGGUGGAUGGAACGCCUGCGGGAGCGCCAGCGGAUUUGCAUGGCCCAGAUGCGCGCACAGGCAACAGUGAUCGCCUCCAAGACUGACCGGUUGCAGCGGCGCCAUGUGGCGGCCACCCUGCCGGCGGACGUGACCAUUGACCUGCUGUCGGACGACGAUGACGACGAGCGGGAGGAGGCUGGACCUGGACCUGGACCAUCCACUGCCGCUAGCCACAAUCGCCUUCUGAUACCCGCCCCCUUCGCUGUCGGCCAGCGACGUCCUAGAGUGGGCAGAAGGCAGGGUCGAGGCAGAGUCGGCACCCACUCGCAUCUCUUAACCGAGAGCAUCCUGAUAACCAGCGACGACGAGUACAACGACCAGGAAGGCAGCAGCGGGGCCAUGGCGCGCCCUCAGCUUUCCAUGCGCUCGCCACCGCCCCUUGCACCGCUCACCCUGUCGGAGACCAUCGAAGAGGUAACCGUUUCGCUGGUGCCGCGCAACUCCACCACUGCCAACUGCCAGACGCGAUUGUCCGGCCAUCUCAAGCCCUGUCGAGCGUCCACGGCGGCCAGCAACGGGAUGGUCAUGGCCGGCGGAGGAGGAGGAGACGGUGGCGGUGGCAACGAUACGAGCUGCUUCCUGGAGGUGGACGUAGGCGGUGGCAUCACAGCCACGCUGCCGGACGAGACCACCGUGCACACGGUCAUCGCCAAUCGCAUUUACGAGCUCUCGCUGAGCAAACUGCGCGAAGGACUGGCCUUCAGUGGAGCCCCGGAAUACACGACCGACCUGCUGCCGGAACAGCUGCAGAAACUGUCGCCGGCACUGCGGGCCAAGGUGGCACCGCUGGUGGCCCCCUCGCCGCCCACGCCCAUCUCCUUGAAACUGUCUAGCGACCUCAGCAUAUCACUGAUCUCAGACGACGACGACUGCGAGAGCACCGGCCAACAUGCCAACGGAGGAGGAGGAGGAGUCGGUACCGAGCUGGCGCAUCCAGUCGUGGUGGCGGCGGCGGAGGCGCACGCUGCCGCCAAGCUGCUAAAGCAACAGCAGCCGCAGCUCUCGGUGGUGCAGCACCUGCAGUACGUGGGCGGAGGACUAGCUUCACCCGUGGCCCUGGCCCUUCCGGUGAUGGCGACUGCGUCCUCGUCCGCUUCCGUUGUGGCUCUGCCGCUGCAGCUGCCGCGACGCCGGAAGUUGGGAUGAGCCCCUCACCUGGACAGCGUCUUGAUGCACAGCCAGAUCGAAGAACCCAUCGCCAUAAUAUCAUUCCCAGAGCCGGACGUACGGCUCAGACUUUACCUAGCAGUGGCUAGUAGUAGUGCAAAUAUGAAGGUAGUUUAAGCGACAAAACAUCACCGUUUCCCAGUAAUCCUUGAAUCCGCACCGAGUCAUUGUACUUUUCCCUCUUUCCAUAUCCCAUCUCACUCUUUUUCCCUUCAAUCUCUUCCUGUCUCUGUCAUUCUCAUAUUUUAAGCUUUAAAUGAAACUAGACGACAACGUACAAAAGAAAGUAGAAAAGCAUCAACACAUAUAUUGAGAAACAAAAUCACAAAUUUUAAAAAUUUAUAGGAGGGAAUAGAAAAUUUGAAAGCGAGAUGUAAGGGAAGACGAACCCAAUAUUUAUACCGUACAAGUAGUUAGAUUAAGCUAUACAUUAUGUACAUUUUAUUAGGUGGAUAGUACUUGGGGGAAUCACACAGUGUGUGAUCCGUGUCAGUUCGCCGUCUGUAUUACAUUUAACUGAUCACCAAAUCGGAAUAAAUUUUCAUUGUAUAUACCUGUA